AUAUAAAUAUAACCACAUACAAUUGAAUACUCUUCAACGUUCGUCUACUUUGAUGUUCUGAACUUCAUAUAACUAAUCCUUAUAACUUAAAUCAAAUUCUAAGACUCAUUCGACAAAUUUUUUAUUUCUAUUUCUUCUGGUAAAAAUGGCUAGUGAAAAAGCAAAACCUGAGAGUUUCGUAUCGACAAGGCAGUUUCCUGAAAAUUUUCUCCUUGGGACAGCGACUACAGCUUUUCAAGUAGAAGGAGCUUGGGAUGAAGAUAAGGCAGAAUCAAUCUGGGACCGUUAUUUACACUCAAAUGAAGCAAACAAGUCGUUCAGAUACUUCUUAGACUUACCAGAGUCGGUAAUUGAAGAACACAUACAGAAAGGUGUUAAACCUAGAUUAGCUGAUGUGUAUAAGGGCAUGGGAGUAUACGAAUUCCCAUCAUCUGCAGUUGAAGAUGGUACUCAUUUUAAUUUCGACGGAGAUGUUGCUGCAGAUUCGUACCAUAAAACAGAUAUAGAUGUCAAACUUCUUAAGGAAUUGGGUGUUAAAGUUUAUCGAUUUUCUUUACCUCCGACUAGGAUUGUUCCAAUGGUUCAUGAUCAUUUAGUAGGAAAUGCAGGAAUAGAUCAUUAUAAUAAUCUAAUUGACAAAUUGAUCGAAAAUGGAAUCACACCAAUGAUAUCGUUGGUCAAUUAUGAUAUGGGCGUUGUUUUCAAUACUAUUGGAGGACUAACAAAUUCAGUUAGUUAUAUAUUUUAUCUAAAUUAUGCAAGACUCUGUUUCGAAAAAUUUGGAGACAGAGUGAAACAUUGGACAACGUUUCCAGACUUACAUUUAGCAGCUGAAGGAUAUUCUUCUGAGCAUUUUGCACCUGGUUACCAAGAACCAAUAUUUGGUGGAUAUUCCGAUUAUCAAGUAGUAUAUCACUAUAUUAUGACUCAUGCAAUGACUUAUCACUUAUACAAUGAAGAAUUUAGAGAAAAACAAAAUGGACAAAUAAGUUUAACCAUGGAUGCAAUGUGGUUCUACCCAAAAGACCCGAAUAAUCCUGAACAUCAAAAAGCUGCUGAAAAUGCACGAAUGUCAACAUUUGGUUUGAUAGCACAUGUAUUAGCCACGGGAAAAUACCCAGAAGAAUUUUUAGAGUCUAUUUAUAGGACUAACAAACGAGAAAAUAUACGGGCCGAGAGAGUUAAACAAUUUACAGAAAAGGAACAAGAAUUAAUUAAAGGGGCAUAUGAUUUUAUAGUAGUUAACUAUUAUAAGAGUGUAAAAGUACGACCAAUGACCGAUGAAGAAUAUGUCGCUGAACUUAAUCUCAAGAGAAGAGAUCGAGGAUAUACCAUGGACCUACAUAGUACUACAGAAAAUGAAGUUUAUGAAGGAUUUUUAAAUAUCUUAAAAUGGAUUAAAAAGGAAAUGAAUAAUCCUAAAAUAUUUAUUGGAGAAAACGGAUUUCCCGAGGAAGAAGGCAUUGACGACAGUGAAAAAAAAAUAGCUUACCACACAGGCAUUUUAAAUAAAUUACUUGAAGCAUUGGAUGAAGACAUAAAUGUGUUUGGAUACUGUGUUUGGUCAUUUUUAGAUACACUCGAAUUCACUUUCGGUUAUUGGAAGAAAUUUGGAAUUUAUGCUGUAGACUUUAAUGAUGAAUCAAGACCACGUUCAAAGAAAAAUAGUUUUCCAUUUUUUCAACAAUUGUUCCAAACGAAGAAAUUGGAAAUACAAAAUUAAAAUUAAAUAUGAAGAUAAUGUUAAACUAAUAUUCUUGCAUAUUUUUAUCCAAUAGUUCGAAAUUACAACUUAACUUGUGGGAAGGUAGCAUAAUAUAAACUUUAAAUUUAUUUUUAUAAAUUGUGGUAAUAAUAAGUGGGUUUUUAAUUUAAAUAAAUUGUCAGUUAUUAUACAUUUUUUAAAUUGUACUUAGAUUGAACUAAAUUGUAUUUUUUUUAAGGAAUAAAUAAAACUGCUUAUAAUCUAAC